UAAUAAAUGUCCUUUUUACCUUUCUUUGGCGCAGAUGGCUUGAUGAAAUAGGGCAGGUUUUUGGUGGCUCCGCGCAAUUCCUGCUUCAGGGCCAACAUGUAUUCGACUUCUUCCCCCGUUUGCAGAGGGACCGGCUUAUAGUCCAGGGGCUGCAAGGACAGGCCAGGAAGGCAAGGACUGCAUUCAUUGGUUGCUUCUACCCAACACGACGGCGAAGAGGAGGAGGAGGAGGAAGAUGAAGCCAGAAAAGGAAAGAUCCCACCUUCGUGCAUUUUGCACAGAAGCGGCUCGCAAAACGCAAGGACUAAAAAUGUGCCGGAGACGGAGGCAUUGAAUUGGUAACUGCUAGAAAUCUGGGGGUGUUUCAGGGGUUUGAAAGGCACCCUUUCCCUCCUGUCCCCCCCCAAAUAACCCCCCAUAAACACUUGCACAGUGUUGCAACGGAGGAGCUAAAAAUAGGAGGCACCAGAGGCUGGCGAUGUGAGAUCUCUCCAAGGAAGGCUGGAUGCAGAAGCGCAUCCAGAUGGAGAGCCAGAGAGCACCAUCUUAAAGCAAAAUGUCAAUUUUCUCCCCUUAAAAAAAGGCAUUGCUUCGUAACGAUUGGCCUGCCGCACAUCUCUCCGAUUCGAGCGCAUGCUACCAUGCCAAAGGCGCAAGGGAAGGAGGAGAGAGACACGUGGACGAUGCUGCCGCCGCCGGUGCAAAGACAGAAAGGGAAGACCACAGUCAGCGGCCAAAGAUGCUCGAGGGAUGAAGCCAGGUCUCUGGCCACACUGAAAUGUCAUCCUCGCCCUUGUCUUCCUCAUCCUCCUUUUCCAUCUUGGUCUGGUGACCGUGGCUACUAGUCCGUUGCAUUGCCACCAUGGUCCACACCGAAGGCAGUGCCCUUUUGAAGGCCGUCUGGCAGGGCAAGUUCCGCCUCACCCGCCUCCUCCUGGAAGGAGGUGCCUACAUCAACGAAGGCAACACUCAGGGUGAGACCCCCCUCAUCGCCGCCUGCGUGGCGCCCUACGAAGACCCCCGGAACAAGCCCCGCAUGGUGCGCUACCUCCUGGAGAACGGGGCCGACCCAAACAUCCCUGACAAAACGGGGAAGUCCGCCCUGAUGCAUGCCUGCGCCGGUGGGGCCGGUGCGGAGGUGGCCACGGUGCUUCUGGACCACGGGGCUGACCCCAGCGCCAAGGACUAUUCGGGGGCAUCGGCCUUAGUCUAUGCCAUCAACAAGGGUGACCGGGCAACGCUGCAGGUGCUCCUGGACGCUUGCAAAGCCAAAGGCAAGGAGGUCAUCAUCAUCACAACGGACACCUCCCCGUCUGGCACCAAGAAGACCAAGCAGUACUUGAAUUCGCCUCCGUCGCCAGGAGUGGAGGAGAAACGCUCGCCGGCCUUGUGCAUGUCACCCUCAGACAUUGAGCUGAGGACCGCUCAGUCUCCAGGAGCCAGCGAGAAGGAAGAGGAGAGGGACGUCUUCAACUUCACCAUGGCCACCAGGAUUGGCUGUGCCGCACUUCCGCACGCCAAAAGCAAAGAGGUAGAAGAGAAAGCCCUGGGGCUGCCUCCCAAAGGUCGACCCAAACCACUGAAGAGGUUGAACUCUGAGCCGUGGGGUUUGGUGGCUCCUUCUGCCUUGGCUGGGUCCCACCAAGAGAAAGCCCGGACCCCAGAAGACCGGAUGACGGCGGAGAUGAAUGGCCUGAGCAUCUCCAAAAGGCCUCCGUUGUCUCGCCGGCACAGUAUGGAAGGCCAGGAGUCCUCCUCCUGCUUCAAAAUGGCUGGCAACCAGGCCUUGGAGGAUGAGCAAGCCUCCAGCCUAGAAGCCUCCUGGGCUGAGAAGGUCCACAUCAGCCACCUCCACCAGUCGCUUGCUCGGCGCAACACGGCUCCCGAAACCCAAGAAGGCAUCCAAGGUGCUGGUCAGCGGGGUCCAGCACACCCCAAGCUGAACUGCUUGGAGCACCCCGAGUCUGACUCGCUGUGUCCCGACUCCAUCCCAGGUUCCCCCGACUCCGGCCGGGUGUCCAUAGAGAGGAAGAAGUACAACAUUUCCCCCUUGACCCUACCAUCCAGUUCCUCCCGGGAGAGCUUGGAGAACAUCCCAAACGCCGUCUCCCCGAUCACUAUGCGUCGCCGGGCUCCCAGCCUCCUCGAACGGAGGGGCUCCGGGACGAUGUUGCUGGACCACCUCGCCCAUAGUCGGCCGGGCUUCCUGCCUCCGCUCCAUUUGAACCCACAUCCUCCGCUUCGUGACCUCCGGUCCAACGGGAAGCCCUCCUCUCCGGCGCACAAGGGGCUCUUCCCCGUGGCCCCUUCUUCUCCGAAGGGCAAACGGCUGCUCCGGAGGCACUCCAUGCAAACGGAGCAGAUGAAGCAGCUAGUCACUUUCCAGACCCUCCUGGCCCAAGGCGACUCGGUGGCCAGCUAGGAAGGACGCCAUCCCGAUGGAUGAAUGGACCGCGUCCUUGUUUUCUCCAUCCAAGGGUGGGAAGGGGCUUGGAGAACCGUCUGCGAUGCCCUUCUCGCUCUCGUCACCAGCCUCCGGGCCCCGUAACGUCUUCGUAGUUGGGUUUCCACGUCUUCCUCCUCGCUCUCGUUUCCGGUCUUCUGUGUCGUAGCCGCCAUCUUUAUUCUCCUUGACCUCCUGGAUGUGGAAGUGGACGCUUAAAUGGACCAGAGUAAAAGGAAAGGAUAUUUCAAGUGGUGCCAUGGAAGAAAAGAACAAGUGAUCUGGGGGUCUGUUGGUCUCUCAUGGCUUUUCUUCCUACAAGAUUCCUAACCUGUUGGCCAUGUCUUUCUGAUGGGAAAGACUGACGGGGGUCCAUCAACAAACCCAACACACUCCAGGACCACUAUAUGGGAGAUGCUUGGUUGUCGGGUUUCCUCUCCCGUCCAAAAUUGGGACUGUCCUGGGUGACAAAUCUGAACGUAGAUGACCUAUCUGGUGAUGGCAGUGGAUGAGAUCCCCAAGGAGCAACCUCCAUCACAACCAAGUCCACACGCAAGAUGAUUCCUGCUGUGGCUAGCUGACCUCUAGGAACCCAACAACUCUAUGGUUUUAUGGACUAGUUGACCCCUGAGUAUCCUUCAACGCUAUCAUCUUAUGGACCAGCUGACCCCUAGGUACCCAACAAGUCUAUGAUUUUAUGGACUACUUGACCACUAAGUACCCUUCAACACUAUGGUUUUAUGGACUAGCUGACCUCUAGGUACCCUAAAACUUUAUGAUUUUAUGAAUUAGCUGGGCUCUGGGUAUCCUAAAACUCUAUGAUUUUAUGAAAUCCAAUUUGGAGGCCCAAUUUGGGCCUGGAAACUGGGCAUCUCGUGGGCACGAUGUUGCCUUCAAGGGUCCGUUCUCAGCCUCUUGGAAUGGGAUCCGCUCCUGCGUUGGUCACUGUUGUAUUUAUUCUUAUGACUGUUUGUAUGGUGUGUGUGUAUGCGUCCAGCGGGUCCCUGUACUUGGCUUGUGCAUGGGAGGUGGGAGGCCAGAUCCCAAGGGUUGCGUGCCCAAUUUCAGGGAAAGAGGACGCGUGAAUGUAUCCGCACAGUGGCAUUUAGUACCAGACGCCUGACUAUCUCAGCAUUUCCUUGCCUGGCAUCCUUGGAGGAGAGAUGAGCGCUCUCCCUUUGGAUGGAUCGGGGCUCACUUGGGUCGGUUCCUGGACCAAAUCAGGUUCCCCUUGGGUCUACCAACAGUUUCCCAACCAAAUCCAGGUCUGUUUACAAGACUGUCAUGGCAUCACUGGAGGAAAACCCUCCGAAAUAUUGAACCUGGGGACAAUGCAGUUGGCGUGAUUUGCAAAAUCUCUGGGCGACAGAUUUCUUUCUUCCAAAUGCAAACCAGACAAAGCUUCCUUCUAUCCUUACUCACAAGGAGAGCCAUGCCUUUUCAUGCUCCGUUCUGGAAAGGCUGGGCCUGCAUUGUCCUUAUUCCUGGGAUCCAUUUGCAAAUUCCCUGCUCAAAUCCUUUCCUCCAUCCAUCCAGGGAGGGUUAACGGAUUCCGUUGAUCCAUUGUGUCUAUUAUGUCCCAAUGGAGGCCAAACUACCUGGGAUGUGGACCUAGUCACAAUCCGAGUAGACCCAUUCGAAUCAAUGGAAAAAUGUGAGUAUUGACCUAUCCGGUUUCCACUGAUUCCUUCUGGCUUUGUUAGAGCCUUGAGUCCAUCUCCCAAGGCUCUAACCAUUUCCCCACAUUGCCUUUGGAGAUGCUUUUGGGGGUCACCCCAGCCUCAACCAACUUAAAUCUGGGGGUCAUUCAAAACUGCUUGGGAUGCCUGGGUUUUAGCCUGAGCUUUAAAGGCAAUGCCCAUGUUGCUGCAUCUUGGAUGGGUUGCAAUGCUCAGCAGCCAGGACCUUGCCAUUAAAUUUCAGGCUAAAAGCCAGAGCGGAUUCCCUUUGGACUCCUUCUCAAGAUGUCCGAACAAUGGUUCGAUUCACCCUCCCAAAAUUCUUUGGCCUGAGAGCAAGGUUUCUCAGCAUCCUGGGGAAAAGGGUCUUCCGAAGGGAUGCCAUGGCAGCUCAUUCUUCGGAUGGGGAAAUAAAGUCAGCUCCAGUCUGGGAGGGUGCCUUCAAUCGCCAUUGAGAUGGAGGCUCCCUCUACAUCCUUCCUCUUCCUCUUCUUCCUCCAGCGUCUUUGCUGGGCCUUGGCUUCUUCCAAAAUGGGGCUUAAUGCACCGACCCAUGUCUGUAUGUGCCUUUGACACCAUAAGGGUGACAAAGGGGUGCCAAUGGGGUGGCAUAGGUCUUUCCAGCUCCUUCCUGCGCUCUCUCCGAAGGCCAGGCAAAGCAAUAGAACUAGGAACAACACUUGAAGUUAUGAGCCCUUCCAAGGAUGCCCUCUUCCUUGGGUCACAAAUAGGCUCAUGUUGGGAUAUAUAGUCCAGACCUAAUCCAUUUAGGGCUUCCUAGGUCACAACCAGCACUUUGAAGAGUGCUUGGACACUGACUUGCAAACCAGUGGCUCAUUGGCGCUGGUGCAUGGUUGCGCAUGGGUUUGAGAGUUGCACAUUCAGGGUCCCAGUUCCAUUGUGUGCGCAUCACCCUUGGUGCGUGGUUGCACAUGGGUUUGAAGGUUGUGCAUUCAAAGUCUCGAUUCCAUUGUGUGCGCAUCAUCCUUGGUACAUGAUUGCUCAUGGGUUUGAUGGUUGCGCAUUCAGGGCUUCAGUUCCCUUGUGCGCAGUCAUCAUCCAACCGAUGGCAUCUCAGGCUUAAUGCUUCACUCCAGAGGCAGGGAUCCGAACCCGGCGCCCUCGACAGCCCCAUGAUCCAUCCUAAUGACCCUUUAUUUAUUUAGGGAGGGGAUAAUCAAUUAUUAUUAUUAUGAUGAUGAUGAUGACUAUUAUCUUUGCACUUUCUGGUCUUUCUCUUCCAUUUGUCGUAAAAGCACAAUGUCGCCCUCCUGUGGCCAAACGCACAACUUGCCGAAAGGCGGAAACGCCGCCUCUCCGUUAAUAGAGCUUUUUUUCUGUGCUGCAGAGUCCAAUAGAAAUAGAUAUGAAAUGACAUAUACAGUAUAGAUAGAUAGAGAUACAUAUAUAUAUAU